AGUAUACCACCCUCCUCUACAGAUCUGGCUGGUCCAGGGUUGUACCUCGAUACAUGUGUGUACCCUGCACCCGCGCUACUACACGCCAAAAGAGGACAGACCUGGCUGGCUGCCAAACGGCACACCGCACCACACACUGGCAUCGGCACUGGCACCCAAAGUAUGGCACAACAAGUUGGAAGUUUUUAUCCUGCUCGUUCCUGCCGCCACUUGUCGGUACUGUACUUUUCCCUCCCACGCUCUCAAACAUCCUCGGCCCAGCCGUGUGUCUAGCCUAGCCUCUCCCCUAUUCACCCAAUUUAUUAUUCCUCUCUCCCGGAGCCGAGACACCACCCAAGUACUCUGCUCUCCUUCUUCGACUGGCCCCUCCCUUCCCCCUACACUUCCCUCCCUAAAACCUAAAACACCACACCGGCCCUGCCACGCUUUGUCUCCCUCCUACAACUAGAACCCUUUCUUCGAGACACCAUCGGUCACACACGGAGUGUUCCUUGGUGCCUCAGUCUAGUUCUGGUCCUUGGUCCCUAGCUCGGCCACACCAAAAGAGCACCGGCCCAGCAUCAACACCAACCGGCUGCUGCCCGUCAGUAAUAAAAUAUACCACCACACAAAAUGGCUUCCACAGCUGUUCCCUCCAAGGGCAACCCGGCCCUGAGGAGGACAAUCACAUCUACCACCUGCGACUCGGACUCUGCUCCCUCAACCACCGUCGCCUCCCCCUCCGACUCGCCACGCCCCUCGCCCUCGUCCACCUCGCUGUCCUCCAUGGCCUCGGCUGAUGCCGUCAAGGACAAGGCCUCGUACGGGAAGCUGAUCGACUCGUACGGCAACCCCUUCGAGGUCCCAGAUUACACCAUCAAGGACAUCCGCGACGCCAUCCCCAAGCACUGCUUCGAGCGUGAUGGUGUCAAGGGCAUGGGCUAUGUCCUCCGCGACAUGGCCUGCCUCGCCGCCACCUUCUACCUCUUCCACAACUUUGUGACGCCCGAGAACAUCCCCUCGUACCCCCUCCGCUUCGCCCUCUGGGGGCUGUACACCUUCAUGCAGGGCCUCUUUGGCACUGGCCUCUGGGUCCUUGCCCACGAGUGUGGCCACCAGGCCUUCUCCCCCUCAAAGCUGUACAACAACGUCGUCGGCUGGGUCCUGCACUCGGCCCUGCUGGUCCCCUACUUCUCGUGGCAGAUGUCCCACAGCAAGCACCACAAGGCCACCGGUCACCUCGAGCGUGACAUGGUCUUCGUCCCCCGCACCCGCGAGCAGCAGGCCACCCGCCUCGGCAAGAUGGUCCACGAGCUGUCUGAGCUGACCGAGGAGACCCCCAUCUACACCCUGCUCAUGCUCAUCGGCCAGCAGCUCAUCGGCUGGCCCAACUACCUCAUGACCAACGUCACCGGCCACAACUACCACGAGCGCCAGCGCGAGGGCCGCGGCAAGGGCAAGCACAACGGCUUCGGCGGCAGCGUCAACCACUUCGACCCCCGCUCCCCGCUGUACGAGGAGAAGGAUGCCUACCUCGUCGUGCUCAGCGACAUUGGUGUCGGCCUGACCAUGACCGCCCUGUACUUCCUCGUCCAGAAGUUUGGCUUCACCAACAUGCUCGUCUGGUACUUUAUCCCAUACCUCUGGGUUAACCACUGGCUCGUUGCCAUCACCUUCCUGCAGCACACCGACCCCUCCCUCCCCCACUACACCGGUGAGGAGUGGACCUUUGUCAAGGGCGCCGCCGCAACCAUCGACCGCGAGUUCGGCUUCAUCGGCCGCCACCUGCUGCACGGCAUCAUCGAGACCCACGUCCUGCACCACUACGUCAGCACCAUCCCCUUCUACAACGCCGACGAGGCUACCGAGGCCAUCAAGCCCGUCAUGGGCCGCCACUACCGCGCCGACGUCGCCGACGGCCCCAUCGGCUUCAUCAAGGCCAUGUACAAGAGCGCCCGUAUGUGCCAGUGGGUCGAGCCCUGCGCAGAGGCCGAGGGCCCUGGCAAGCACGUCAUGUUCUUCCGUAACAGGAACGGUCUCGGCCAGAAGCCCGCGAAGCUGGCCCCCGCCAACUAAGUUCCGAAUGGGCUGGUCACGACGAUGGCUGAGGCUGACAGCAAGAAGAGGGCCUCGCGUGGCUGGGGAGGAGUCUCGAUUAGAGUUUCGAAUUCAGCUUCAUCUUUUCGCUUCGAUACGACGCGGUCGGUUCCUUUGCCGAGGGGAUGAAGGUGGCAACCAGUUUACUCGCUGCCUGCUACAGUCCCCUUCUCUCCCCUCUUUGACCAUUCACACAAGGCGGCCGACACCCGAACACGGGAUGGCCGAGAGGAAGAGAAUAUAACUCUGAAAAAUUGAGUAUGUUCACAGAAGUAGAAGAUGCGAAGAAAGAAGAGAGCAGUUGGAUCGGUAUUGGGGAUGGAUCCGCGGUGCUGUUAGAAGCAGAGAAAGUCUAGACAGGAUUGAUGUAUCCAAAGCAUGAAAGAAAACAAAACACAAGUUCAUAAAGACAGAGACGGGACCGACCCGGGAGAGCCUGAAUAGAGAAUUAUCAAACAUCCUUGAGCAGGUGUCCUUCUAAACUCUUUCCAACGCCAGGGUGGUAGUGGCAGUGGGGUCCAACUUCAGUACGAAGCUCUUAUCAUGUGAUAGACCCCCGUAGGUGUGGGGUUCAGCCAUGGCGCCGGCCUCCGUAACGAAAUUUCGAGGCACGACCAGGUAAUUCGUAUCGCUGUUGUAGGUGGACAGACGUGUAAAGUUGGAAAUCGGGAGGGGGGAGACAACGAGAGAUAGCACGCGACACCUGUUCACCCUUUUUUACCCAUCCUUCUUGGCCACCAGCACCGAAUUGUCCCCAUAUUUCGAUUUGAUGAUGACAGGGUUUUGGACGGAGGAGUAUGGGUGGGUGGUAACCGAGUACAUGCAACCCAUUCCAUGUACAGUAUGUACCCCGGAUCGCCGCAGCGG